AUGCCCCCCGUCGCGGACACGAGGGUGCACUUCAAGCGCGGGAAGCGACGCGCCGCGGCGAAGCAGCCCUCCCCCGCGGAGUGCCUGCGCGUGCUGUCCGCGUGCGACCUUCACGGGGUCUUGCACCGCGGCGCGGUGUGGCUGCGAUGCGCGCGAAAGCUCGCCUAUCUCUUGGAGCGCGUGUGCUUGGGACGCCGCGCGCGCGGCAGCUCGGGGCGAGGCGCGCCGUGCUUCUUUCGAAACGUCGUCGGCGACGAGCGCGGCGGCGAUUCGGCGGACGACGAUCCGAUCGUGAGGCUGUCGCCCGAGGAGGCGUUUUACGUCGUGUGGUGCCUCGGGAGUCUCACCGUGCACGCGCCGCGCGACGCCGCCGACGAUGCCGCCGACGGCGCCGAAAACCAAAUCCAAAACCCGGAGCGAAACGCGCCGCCGCCGCCGUCGCUGACGCCGCUGACGAUCGACGAGCUCUGGCGCGCGCUGCUCACCGCGGGGAUGUCCGGCGUGAACGCCGCGAUCGCGGCGCCGCGGUUCGUCGCCGCGGCGGCGUCGCAGAUACACUUCCGCUCCGCCGGGUGGCUCCCGCGAAGCGGGCUGCAGUACGGCGCAGAUCUCGUGUUGUAUCGCAACCACCCCUCGCUCGUGCACUCGGACUGCUGCGUCGUCGUGAAGCCGUCGAGCGCGAUCGUCUCCCGCGCGUCGGGGGUGUUCGGGGAGGGAGGGGAGCUCGAGAAGGACUCGCGGUGGAUCGAAGUGCAAGCCGCGUCGAGGCUGUGCGUGCAGGUGAACAAGAGGCUGGUGUUCGCGACGUUGGACGUCGCGGGAGGGGACGCGGACUUUCUGGACCCGGAGUGCCUGAAGCGGCUGAGCGUGAACGAGAUGGAGGUGACGCGGUUCAAUCCGGACAGGCACCUGACGCGCGGCGAGCGGCCGCCGUGA